CCUGGUGUGGCAUUCACAUCCCAACGCUCAUGUGGUAACAUCCAGUAUCUCUUGGCUGCCCCUGCACACUGGACUGAUUCCAGGGAUUUGAAGUAGACAGGACAGACAGAUAGAGAGACAGAGUGCUUAUAUGCUGGAGAGAGAUAAGUCAGUUACGAAGUAGGAGGAGAAAAUAGUAGAGAUCAAGAGAAGAAAGGGAGAAGCAGGUGAGAAAGUGGAAAAAGGCAUCUAGAAGAAGCAGAAAGGUAGCUUAGCUGUCUGUACACUUCAAAUCCACCGACAUGGCUACUAUGGAAGCACUGGAAUCCACAAGUGCCCUGAUGGAGCCUCAAACCCUGACUGAGAUCUCAGACGAUGAGGUCAACCUCCCCCCCUCAGAUGACGAAGACGAUGCCCUCGCCGCAGUCAAGAAAGAGCUGUCCAUCAUGGGUACAGAGGGGGAUUCCGCCGAAGACAAGGACGAAGCUGGAAAGCAAGACACCCAGGUGAACGGGGUGAUGGUUCUGACUUUGCUCGACAAGAUCAUCGGGGCGGUGGACCAGAUCCAGCAGACCCAGAGCGGGUUGGAGGCCAGGCAGCAGGAUAUGGAGCGCUCGGUGAACAGCAUUCAGGGCGAGCUGACCAAACUGUCGAAGAGCCACAGCACUACGUCCAACUCCGUGAACAAGAUGAUGGAGAAAGUGCGCAAGGUCAGCGUCAACGUCAAGACCGUGCACGCCACCCUGGAGAAGCAAGGAGGCCAGAUCAAGAAGCUGGAGAACAACGAGUCCGAGCUGCUCAAGAGACGCAACUUCAAAGUCAUGAUCUACCAGGAUGAAGUGAAGGUUCCCUCAAAACUCAGCAUCUCCAAAUCCUUGAGGGUUUCUGAGUCUGUGUCAGGAAGCAGAGGAGGCAGCAUGCUGGAGCUGAAGGAAGUUGUGGAAGGGGAGGAGGCAGGGGAAGCAGAGAAGGCAGACAAACCCCAUGUAGACCUCUCGUCAGAUGAGGAGGGGUUGGAGAUCGAGGAGACCAUCGAGGAGUCCCGCGCCGAGCGCAUCAAGCGAAGCAGCCUGCAGCGUGUACAAACCCUGAAGACGGUCUUCUCAAAGGAGAAGAUGGAUAAGAACAGAGCAAAGACCAAAGAGAACCUGGAGAGGACCAAACAGAAAACCAAGGAAAACAUUGAGAAGACAAAGCAGAAGACAAAAGAUAACCUGGAGAAGACCAAGCAGAAAACCAAGGAUACUUUGGAGAAGACCAAACAGAAGACCAAGGACAAUCUGGAGAAGACACGUCACAACAUCGAGAAGAAGAUGGGGAAGCUCGGAACACGGAUGAGUGUCAACCCUGAUCGCAAGCAGAAGAUCGUGACAUCCCGUGAGAAGGUGAAGAAGUCCUUCACACCGGACCAUGUGGUUUACGCCCGCUCACAGACUGCUGUGUACAAGGUGCCCCCCUUCACCUUCCACGUCAAGAAAAUCCGUGAGGGUGCCGAAGAGGUGAUCCAGGGAACCGAGAUGGUGGAGGUGUCCCAGGAUGCUGAUGCCUUCAGUGGAGUGGAUGGGGAGGUGGAGGAGGGCGCAGUGGAGCUUGAGAUGGAGAUGAUGAAUGGAGGAGGGGAUGAGGAGGAAGCUGACGAGGAUGAAGAGGAAGACAGCCAAGAGGCUCUGCAGGAGAAUGAAGACAGAGAUAGAGACAGCGACUAGAUAAAGAAUAAGGAAUUGGCCAAGAUCUUUACAUAAUCCCUGAGAUUGUUUUGUGAAAGCAAAAUUGGGGAUUGCUAAAGAAAAAAAUAUGGUUCAUGACAACUUGGGUCUAUUUUUGUUAUUGUUUCAGCCAUUAUUAGUGUCAGUUAUGAUAACUUUGUACCUCCAAGUAAUUGCUGAGAUCUGGGAACACGUGAAAAGAUAGGUCAGUCAGAUGGUUAGACAGCUGAGUUAGGGUUAGGGUUAUGUAAAGUACAAACCACUUUAUAUAUGGAGUACACAUAAACUGUCAGUGGAUCACCUUACAGAAAAACGUGUGGACAAGCACUACUAUCAUAAGGACAGUACUGUUCAUCUUUGUUUCUCCACCGUAUAAGUUUGGCAAGCCUACAAACCAUCCUUUCUGAUUGUCCGACUGUUUGCAUCUCUUGACUUGAAUGUUAAUGUUGCUAAAACAUUACCAAAGAGCAAAGCUAGUGCCAGGAAGUUUACCAGUAUAGAACAACUGUAUUGGUGCAAAAAGAGUAGGGACUAGAAGGUAAUCUGACGUUGGGUUGCAGCAUUCCCAGAUAGAGACAGUUAAUUUUUCAAGACAAUGUUAUUAUCACCAUUACGAAUAAUGGCAUUAACUACAAAAUAGGGACCCAAGUUGUGCAAACAAAAUAAUAAAUCACCAGAAAGGGCUUCUUUUUCAAGGGAUAAUACAAAUCUUCCCAUAUCCCAUAUAUUCCCAAGUGCACAAGCACUUCAAGGGUAAUGUAGCUAGCUGCUACAGUGUUUAGAGUCCAUAUUUGUUUGAGUGAAGUUGAUGAUCGUGAAAUUGGAAAGAAGAAAAAGAAGAAGAAGAAGAAGAAGAAAAUGUGAAGAGGAAACCGAAAAUAACUUUGUUCUUGGCUGGGGAAGGGAGGUGGGGCCAUUGUGGAACUGACAUAGUCAAGAAACAAUAAGGAAGACACCAUCAUCGCAUUGUAACGUAUUUUUACCAUGUCCUCCUAUUUAAAAAAAACCCAAGCAAGCAUAUGGAAAGGAAUAAUCUCCUGUCCUGAAUUAUAGUAUUAAUGUCCAAUGGAAAGUUGAACAGUGAAAUCCUAAUUUCCAAAUUGUUCAUAAACAAACUGAGUACAUAUUGGUGCUUAAAAUGCUUAAACACAUGUCCUAUUACAUAACACACACACACACACACACACACACACACACACACACACACACACACACACACACACACACACACACACACACACACACACACACACACACACACACACACACACACACACAAAAGUAUUCCUUCCACCCCUGUGUCGUUCAUCUGUUUAAAUACUGAAGUGUUAUCUUACCCUGCUUAAUGUACUCAUUACUUAGUUACCAUGUUGUCAUUUCUAGAUUUUGAUGAGUUCACAGUUAGAUAUUUGUACAUGCAUUUGUAUGUGAACACAAUGUACACAUGGCUGCCAUCAAUGCCUAUGCAAUAUUGACAGCCUAAUAUUUGUAUCACACCUUGUUGCAGGACUCUAAUGCGACAUUGUCCUGCCAAAUGAUAACUAGUUCCCAUGAAAAUGAAGGUCUGCAAAUCAAAGGCAGAGACAGAUUAUCUUCUGAAAAUCUUCAUAUACAUCGUGUUAUGUGCCUUUUUUAAGAUGUGUUUCGUAAAUAAACUGAGAUAAGGACCAAUACUCUCAGCAAGAACCAGUUCACAGUCUUAUCAACUGUGUACUAUUGGGACCUGUCCAUUCACAGGACAAAAGGAGAGUGUGUACUAGCUAGGUCUGACACUGACCCCUAGUGUCCAGUCAUUUCAUUUCCUCUGCUCCAUAUUAAAGGUGCCUUUCACUAGAUCUCUAAAGUGUUCUCUUCACAAAUGACCAUUUUAUUUAGAUAUUACAACACAUUUUUCAUCUCUUGUCCACAUUUACUUAUUUGUAAUAAGGUUUAUAUAUGUUUUAUAUAUUUACAACUACUGUGUUCAAGAAUUAAUUAAUACAUUUUCUAGCAUUUUCAAGAUACAUUUCCAUUCACCUAUGCACUUAUCCUUAACAGGUCGCAGACGCUAAUGCAUAGGUGAAUCGAAAGUAUGAGUAAAAAUGUUUUUUUAUAUAUAACCCUUGCCAAAGUUUAACACAUUGCCACAGCAUUUGUUCUGUCAGCGUUCAGUUUGUAGCUUAGACACAUCACAGCUUUAUUAGUGUUUUUUGUAUAUAAUGUGAAUCACUGCAAAUGCAGAUAAUAUGCAGUUUUUUUUACAAGAGAGCCUCUUGCCUUCUGCUGCUUGCACUUCUUUUGCAUUUAAUAAAGCUUCUCAGGCCAAAUCAUUUUGAUGGUUGCACAGAUUUCACAGGGCAACAAAUGACAUUGACACUCUAACAUGUAAGCAAGGUUUAAUGUCCUAGCUUUUUUAAAUACAAUUGAGUUAGAGAAUUAUAUCAGUCGUUUAAGGCUAAGCCUUUCAAAGUGGAUUAACAAUGCCAUGUCUGCCAGAGCAAUAACAACACGCAGGUGUGCGCAGGCUGAUGUCAAUGGAACAUCAAAUGUAGUUCACACUUAACUGUUUCCUUGCUUUUGUUUUGUUGGUAACUGAUUCUAGUAUAAUGUUGCAUUGCUUAACCACUAAUGAUUUGAUUAAUAAAAGCUGUUUGGUUCACA